AUGAUCGCCCCCCAAACCACUUCACCUACGACUGCCACGCGGGCUACUCCAAUUGGUACUUCGGCUGGUGUCAUGGUGCUGUGGUCACCAGGGCAUGGGCUGCCCAGGAACAUGGAAAGGCAGCUUCCACCUUCACACCAAUGUGCACAUCACGCACGGAGUUGGCCAUGCGCAUGGCCGAACUGCGAAGCUGGCUUCUCCAAGUGGAUGCAGGGGUGGUCGGAUUCCAAGAAGGACUGGUGCUGCGACAAGGCCAACAAGGGCUGCGUCAAGUUCCACUGCACUGGGGAGGCUCAGGCUUGGCACGGAGCAAAGCAAGAGUGGUGCUGUCAAAACUUUCAGAAGGGCUGCCCUCACACAACGCUGUCGCCACUGAAGUGUGAUGCUACUUGCACUUUCAACGGCGAGACCUCCAAGUGCAUGGACCGCAUCCAGUGGGCGGUCAAGAACGCCUUCUCCAGAAAGGCCGAUGCUUGCAACUUGGCCUACAGCAAGAUUCAGGUGGAGUGCGGCGUGUGCCGGGCCUGCUCCAUCCAGGAAGCCGGGUGCGGAGUGCACGGCGCGGCAUCCGACCCCUUCGACUGCUUGGCCGCGCUGAACAACUUCUUCCGCGCUUGGUCGCCGGAGAAGAAGCACUGGUGCUGCACCAAGCAGGGCAGGGGAUGUGAGGGCUCCAGUCCACCUGCAGUGGAUGCGGGCACGGGCAUGAUGUGGAAGCACGUGUAG